AUGCCUCCAAAAGUGAAUGAAUCUAUGCAAUACAGAGAGAACCGUUUGGAAACGUUUCAAGAUGGCUCUUUUCAAUAUAAGUCAAAACAAAAGCGAUACUGGACUCAUAGCACGCCCGAUAUUGUUCAAUUGGUUGACUGUGGUUUCUACUUCACUCCAACGAAAAUAAAUAACGACCAAAUAACGUGUGUCUGUUGCAGGAAGAAAGAAACUAACGUGGAAGGAAUAACAAAUAUCGCUGAUUAUCAUCUAACUAAUAACCCUCUGUGUCCUUUGGCAUUAAUUAUAUCAUCGCAGAUUAACCAUUUGUCGAAAAAUACUGAAGACUUUUGGUCACAUCAACCUCUAAAAUUCAGUGAUCCUUUAAGCAAAGAGUCAAUCGAUCUAAGAAAGAGAACAUUCGGUAAAUAUUGGAAAUAUGAUAAAAAUAAAGGAUCUACAACGACUAGUAUAACAUUGGCGAAAGCCGGGUUUUAUUACUGUCCACUAAGAUAUGGAAAUGAUAGAGUGCAAUGCGUUUAUUGCAAUUGCUCAUUAGAUACAUGGUUAUCUGAUGAUGAUCCAAUAGAAGAACAUAAAAAUAAUUCCAAAGGACCUUGUUAUUUCUUGGAGAAAGUCGACCAACCUAGACCUAGAUCAAGAUCUAAUUCUAGAUCUUUACUGGAGUCUGAAAAUAAAGAAAAUGAUGGAAAGAAAAUAGAGAACUUGAAUAUAAACAAAGCCCAUAAGACUACAUCUAUAGAAUCCAAUAUUAAGGGCUUGACUAUUCAGUCCGAUGAUGAUUCAACGUCGGAUGAAUUUGAAGAAACCACAGAAAGUGCUGCACUGUCUAAAAAGAUCGUACCUAAAGAUUCGCCGAAGAAAACAAGGAAAUCUUCUUCCAACAAUACUAAAUAUAAAACUCUUUCUCAGGACAAAACUGCUAUAUUAGAAGGUGAGUAUGAAUAUCUCACUGACGAUAAUCGAGAUGAUGAUGUUUCAGUUAAUGAACUGGCUGAUAUAAAUAGUGGUCGUAUGACACGAUCUAAACGUAGGAAUCUUGCUCGCGAAAAUAAUUCUAAGCAAGACUUUUGGGAACCUAGAGAUAUAGAUGAGGAAGAACCUGGUAAGGGUAAUGAUAAUGACAUUAGCGUUGGAUACGAUAAUAAUUACGAGAUCACAGGUAGUGAAGAACAGAACUACCGCAAAUUUAGGCAUUUAGACAAAAAAAAUGAAGAUGAAGAAGAGGAAGAAGAAGCAGAAGAAGCAGAAGAAGCAGAAGAAGCAGAAGAAGCAGAAGAAGCAGAAGAAGCAGAAGAAGCAGAAGAAGCAGAAGAAGCAGAAGAAGCAGAAGAAGCAGAAGAAGCAGACGAAGCAGAAGAAGAGAAAUCAAGUAGUGAUAAUAAUGAGAAUAGCAUUGAUACAAAGUACAGUCAUAAAUACGAGAUAACAAAUCAUAAUGAAGGCAUUAACUUACAUAAUGUUGACGAAAUUGAAGAAGGCACAUUAUCUUACACAGAUAAUGAUAUUGAAACUGAAAUUCCAAAGAAAGGCAAUUCAAAUAAAGACAGAGAAUUUCCUAGAGAUUAUCCUGCUAAGACAUCCAUUGUAAGUCAAAAAGCUUCAGAGAGACAAAAAGAGAAUAAAUCUCCUCGGAAGCUUGUAAAAACUAAAAGGGAGAGCGUGUCAAUAGAAUACACUGAUGAUGACGGUGAUGACGGUGAUGAUAAUAAUGAUAUAAAAGAUAUCGAUCAACUAGGUUCCGAUGAUUUAAAUGAAUUUGGUGAUAUUUCAUAUCAUCAGAGUCAAUCAGACUCUUCAGAUAAUUCAGCGCAUUCAAAUAUAAGCAACAAAACAGAAACCAAACGCAAGAAGAAUUAUAGAGAUGAAUCCCGAAAAGAGGACUUAGUAAAUGAAUCUAUCAGCAGUCGGACUAGACGGGGAAAUAAGCCUCGCCGAGUCCGCAAGCUGAAGGUUGAAAAGAAAAAUUUGGAUAAUCUCAAUAGUGAUACAGCUUUUGAUAGUGUUGAUAUAGAUGACAGUUCGAAGCUAGAUUUCAGUUUUCAAACGGAAGAUAGCGAUGAUAUAGAUUAUCAUGUAUUAGAUGAUAAAGAUGCUGAAUUAUCGGGCGAAAUACAACAAAGCGCAAAUGCUGAUAAAAAUGCUGAAAAGAUGAAGAAGCGGAGUCGUAAAGAAAUGAUAGAUAAUUUAUCCUUCGAUGAUGAGAGAUUUAAGCAGGUUCUUGAAUCACCUAAAAAAGCUAAAAAAUUAAAGAUUACGGAUAAGAGAUAUUCACCAUCACCUCCAAUAUAUGAUUUGUCAAACCAAAACAUAGGUGAUUAUCAAGAAGAUAAUAUUCAUUUUCUUGAGAAUGAUAUUAGACCGUCAAUUAGAAAUGGUUCGAUAAAUAAACCUGGAUCCCAGGUCCCGAUGAUAAAAACUGAGCAAUCCAAUGAGAAGACUAUGAGUGCAUCACCAAAGGUAAGUAAGAUGAGUUCCGGCUCACCAGGAAACUCUAAUAAUAUAAGGUCAGUAAAACUUAGAAAGAAAAACAAAUCUAAAGGGAAAAUGGAAUCUAAGAAAACUCAUAACAAUAUUCUAGAUAUGUCAUAUGAUGAUUCAUCGAAUGAUAUUUUUGAUAAUAAUUCAAAGCCAUUUACAUUUGAUAUUAGAAAUCCUUUAUCUAAACCUACAAAGAUGGACAUUAAUGAGACUGAUAACAGAGAAAGUGCUGAUUCUAUUUCAAAGCGUCAAAAAACUGAGUUUAAUUUAUCCAAAAGUAGGGAUGAUGUUGAGAGUUCUCAAAUUAAUGAUGUCUUACCAUCCGAUAUUCAGAAUAAACUUGUAAAUAAUAAGUCUAUAGACAAUGAGAUAACAGAAGCGUCAAAUCCACAAAAUUUAUCUAAAGAAAUACAAAAUUCCUCAGAAGUUAAAAGUAUGGAAGAUAUUGCUUCACGGCAAACGGGGGAUGCCAGCUCCGAAAAUGCAGUAAUUGAUAUGGAGGAUGCUAGUUUAGAAAAUGCAGAGAUAGGAGUGGAAAAUGCUGCUAUACGGGAGGGAGAUAGGAGCGUGGAGAAUAGCAUGUCUCAUGAAAUCUCAACAGUGAAUACUGAUGUCAAGAUUUCUCCUGUUAUGGACUUAAAACUUGACCUGAAAAACGAACAUAGCUCACUCGAGGAUGACAGUAUUAUCUUAUCAGACAACCCUAAUGACUCGACGGUUACGUCAAAGCCCAACCGAUUUUCAACCGAUGAUCAUAUUCGGAUAGAUAAUACGGAAUCUGUAGUUGCGAAAAACCUGGAGGAAAGCGAACUUCAGCAAAAAACAGAUGAUGUACAUAAAGGCACAUCUAGUAAAGAGGGAUAUUUGAUUGAAGAUAAUAAAGCUGGUAAUGGCGGUCAUAACGAAUUGCCAAAUAUGGAAGAAGCGCCUGUUCCACGGGAAAAAACUAUAGCAAUAUCAAUGGCUAAGUUACUGCAGCAGAGUAACCGCAAUGAACGAUUAGGGUCCCAGUCUGCUUAUGACGAAUACAUUCAAGAUAUGAAUGAAAUGAAUAAUGAAUUGAGAUCCUCCAACGCAUUUUCAAGUCCAAGCAAAGUGUCUAAUAAAUCAGAACGUGUGGACAAUUCAGCAGUAACAUCCAUUUGGAAGGAAAUCUCGAAAGGAAAUAGUGUUACACGCAGCCCGAGCAAGGAGGAAACACAUCUGCGCUUGGCGGAAAAGGAAGUAGAUCCAACCAAAUUUGUGCCAAAUCCAAAUAACAAUAAUGUAGAGACGGAUAGUAUCCCAAAAAACGAAAUAUCAAAGCCGCUUCGUGCAUCAUAUAGUGCAAUUGAAAGAUUUUCUGGGAACUUCACCAAUCUUUUAGAAUCAAGCACUCCCGAGAAGAAGAAAGAGACGUUGGAUCCUGUACCGGCAACCACGACACCGCAGGUUCCAUUAGAAUGGGUACCUGUAUCGUUAUCAAAUCUUUUGGAUAAUCUACAAAAUAUGGAAGCUGCAUCGGAAUAUUUAAACAAAAGUCUAAACUCAAAAUAUGAUCUACAUGAUGACUAUGAUGGUGAACUUACAAAUUUGAUAUCAAGCAUGCCAGAGGAUGAGGAGAAUAUGACCAUACAAGAAUGGGUAAAGCAUAAUGCAACAAAUUGUCAUAAGCUAGCUAAGCAAACAUGUAAUGAGAUGAUCGAAGUAUACAGAGCUGAGUACCUAAGGGCGAUAAAAACCCUUGAACAGAUGCCUACCAGCGAUUAA